ACUAAUCCUUAUAUAACUACCGCAUAACUAAUCCCCGCAUAAUUAAUCCAUGCAUAAUUAAUCCCAACAUAAUUCAACCUUGCAUAACUUAUCCCUGCAUAACUAAUACCUGCAUUACUUAUUCCUGCAUAACUAAUACAUACAUAACUAAUACCUGCAUAACUAAUACAUGUAUAACUAAUACCUGCAUAACUCUAACCGAUAACCAAACGACCCCAGGGUUUCUUCGCUACUUCAUAGGUCACCCAAUUCUUCCUCCCAUAUCGUUGCAAUUCACUCAUCCGAAUAUGUUUCACCUCCGGAAUCUGUUUCAGCAGCAUAGGGAUGUCUCUUUGAAGCUUGCAAGGCAUGUAUUCUUCAGCAAUUUUGAAGGCCAUCAGUCCGUAGCAAAGGUCCUUCGAGGAUCGACCUGGAAACAAACAGAUGCAUUCUUAACCUUAGCCAAUCGUGUUGUCCCAACGGCGGUUCACAAAGGGGAAAGUAACAUGAUCUUCUCUCCGUUGUUGAUGCAAGUAGUGUUGGGUCUCAUGACGGCGGGUUCAGCUGGUCCGAGCCGUGACGAGCUUCUCUCUUUCCUCAAAUCCAAUUCUACUGAUGAAAUCAACUAUCUCUCUUCUCAGCUCGUCGACUAUGUCCUUCUUGAUGGUACCCCCAAUGGUGGCCCUCGUUUGUCUGCCGCUAACAGCGUCUGGGUCGAUCAGCGUGCGAGUUUGAAGCCAUCUUUCACACAGAUUGUGGACAAUGUUUACAAGGCUACUUCUCUUUCCGUUGAUUUUGCGUCAAAGGUUAGUUUUUUAAUACUCCUACCGUUGAUUAGGUAGUUCAGUAGAGUUCGUCUUUGCUGUUUUAGGAUGCUUGUUGGUAGACUAAAGUUUUCUCUAUCGGAGAUGAUUCUCUAACUGCUUUACUGUUUUAAGCA